AUGGGCCACCGUAGGCCCAGAACUUCAAUUCGUUCUUUCCACGGCCGUACUUCUUGCUUCUCUAAUGUUACAUUUUUCUCUUCCGUCCUCUCCAUACAAAAAAUCUCAGCUUGGUGGAUUGCCCCGCUGCUCAGUUCCGAGCUGUAAGUCCCCAAUUCUUCAUCCGGUGGGUUCUGCGUAGCUUCAGAGGGUUUUGUGUGGAACCUGAACUUGAGGCAAAAUGGGGAUCAUCGAGAAGAUUAAGGAAAUCGAGUUCGAGAUGGCUCGAACUCAGAAGAAUAAAGCCACAGAGUACCAUCUUGGUCAGCUCAAGGCGAAGAUCGCAAAGCUUAGGACUCAGUUGUUGGAGCCUCCAAAAGGUUCUAGUGGAGGUGGGGAUGGUUUUGAAGUUACUAAAUUCGGUCAUGGUCGAGUUGCACUUAUCGGGUUUCCAAGUGUGGGAAAGUCGACUCUUUUAACUAUGUUGACGGGAACCCAGUCGGAAGCUGCAUCAUAUGAGUUCACAACACUUACCUGUAUUCCCGGCAUCAUACACUACAAUGACACAAAAAUUCAGUUGCUUGAUCUUCCUGGAAUCAUUGAAGGUGCUUCAGAAGGCAAAGGACGUGGAAGGCAGGUUAUUGCUGUUGCAAAGUCUUCAGACAUAGUUUUGAUGGUUCUUGAUGCUUCCAAAGUAAGACCAACUUUGUUACUUCCUGCUCAAAUUAUACUUUCUUCUUGCAGUGCAUAUAAACACACGACCUUAAUUUAUUUGCUUUUGGGUGGCCAUUCACUAUUGUUGCAGAGUGAGGGUCAUCGUCAAAUAUUGACAAAGGAACUGGAAGCCGUCGGUUUGCGUUUAAACAAGCGACCCCCUCAAAUUUAUUUCAAGAAGAAAAAAACUGGUGGAAUCUCUUUCAAUAGUACUAUGCCCUUAACCCAUGUUGAUGAAAAGCUCUGUUACCAGAUUCUACAUGAGUACAAGAUUCACAAUGCAGAGAUCCUAUUUCGUGAGGAUGCCACAGUGGAUGAUUUUAUAGAUGUCAUCGAGGGUAAUCGUAAAUACAUGAAGUGUGUGUAUGUCUACAACAAGAUAGAUGUUAUCGGUAUUGAUGACGUUGACAAUUUAGCUCGGCAGCCCAAUUCUGUUGUCAUCAGCUGCAAUUUGAGGCUCAACUUUGACAGACUGCUUGCAAAGAUGUGGGAAGAAAUGGGGCUUGUGAGAGUCUACACAAAGCCACAAGGCCAGCAACCCGAUUUUGGUGAUCCAGUGGUUCUGUCAGUUGUAUGUAACGCAAAUUCACUCUACUUUUGGACAGAUGCAAUGUUUGUACUUGUUGGAGUUUCGUCUAAUUUUGGGACUACGAUUUGUGUUCCACAGGACAGAGGAGGGUGCUCGGUUGAGGACUUUUGUAAUCACAUCCACAGAAGUUUAGUCAAGGAUGUGAAAUACGUGCUGGUAUGGGGCAUUAGUGCACGGCAUUACCCACAGCACUGUGGUCUUGCUCACGCUCUUCACGACGAGGAUGUCGUCCAAGUUGUUAAGAAAAAGGAAGGGAAUGAAGGAGCAAGAGGUCGUUUUAAGUCGCAUUCUGAUGCUCCUGCUCGAAUAUCCGACAGACAAAAGAAGGCGCCUUUGAAGCAAUGAUCGAGAGACAAGCCCCCUGGGAGACUAGUUGCCUCGAAUUAAGACCGAGUUAGUGGCAGCACUGCAACUUGUUUUAUUUUGUAUCAGAAUCUUGGCGAGGAGUGCUUUGCUCAUGUUUUAUGGUCGCAUGAAUCAAGAGGACUUGCCUCAAUUUUAGAGGACGUACAUUUGAAAUUUUGGCCACCAAUGGUGGCUGGUGGGUGCUCGAGUCAUAUACACCUAUUUUACAGAUGAACGAGGCACGAUCUGUUGCAGAAUCUAUUGGGUUCUUGCUUUUUUCGUUGUCCUGUUAUGCUCAUUUUCCUUCCUCGUGAGUCAUGAGUGCUGUAUUUAGCUACCUACUCAGAACUCAAAAGGCCGAAGUAACCAUCUUCCAUAAAAAAAAGAAAAUUAUCAAUCGUCUCUUUCUCCACCAA